GUCCCUUCACUGCCUGCAGUCCCCUCCACAGCCAUGAAACCGAGACUCCUUCCUUCCUUUGCCAGCCUCCUCCUUGUGGCCCUGCUGUUUCCAGCAGGGUUGUCCAGUGCCUCAUCCAUUAACUACCAAGUCACUGAACCUCCCAGUUUCCCCAAGGACGAAUUUCCUGCCCAAGGAGUGAAUGGGUCUCAGUUGUUGCAUCACAGAGUGAAACGUUUCCCUCCGCACACUGCUCCUUACCGUGAGCCUGACCCAAAUUACCGUAUUGUCAACUGCAAGAAAAGCGAAGGACACUGUCAAGAAUACUGUAACUUUAUGGAAACACAGGUGGGCUACUGUUCAAAAAAGAAAGAAGCCUGCUGCUUACGUCCGCUCUGAUGUUGCUGAUCACUGAAGCUGACGUGACCUGCAUACCUGUCAGCUGUCCUGAACUAUCAUGUCCUUGCGGGUGUGGCCACACUAGAGAAGAGUCAAACAGAGAAGGACAUCUCUAUCUGUGUCCAGCAACCUAAGCACUGUAACAUGACAGAACUAAACAACAAAGGCUGCACACACUAUCUUACAAAAGGCUUGCUAGCUCCAGACACGUCUCCAGAGUCACACAAUUCAUGCUGGAUAAUGCAGCAAUAAUAAACCUUCAUAGGAAAGC